UUCAAACAUAAAACUUCGAUCAGAAGUUGAGAAAUCUGAAUAAUUCUUUGUUAACAUUGAUUCCAAAACGCAUCAUCCGAACAAAUUAAAUGGAGUUCACACAAUGCUGCAGUCAACAGAAAAUAUAACCCCAAAAGGUGUUGCUGAAGUGAAGAGUAUCUCAAAGUCGCCGGAAAAUGAAGCAGAUCAAAAGGCUGUAUCUAUAUCAAACCAAACAGAAGACCCCACUACACAACUGGGAAAACGUAAAAUAUCCAGUACCGAUCCACCACUGCAUCAACACGAAGCAAAGGAUUCCAAACGUCCGAAGAAAGUGUUUCCUUACGGUAACUACGAUCGUUAUUAUGGCUACAGGAACUUCAAUGCAACUCCGGCGGAGGACUGCAGACUGGAAGCGUUCGUACAACGUCGGGAACUAUUCCACGGUAAACGUAUCAUCGACAUUGGGUGCAACAACGGAUCCCUCACGAUACAGCUGGCCAUGGCGUGUCGUCCGGCAUCGAUCGUUGGCAUCGACAUCGACGGUGGCCUAAUCACGCAAGCCCGCAAACACUGGCAAUUGGCACAGAUCAACAACGCCAAGGCAGAGGACGACAAUAGCCGUAUCGCCAACCCGAACAUGGUCGAAUUCAAAAGGGCGAACUACAUUUACGGCGAUCCAACGCUCUUGGAUCUGGAGAAGCCCCAGUUCGAUGUGGUCCUGUGCCUCUCGGUAACGAAGUGGAUGCAGCUCAACUUCGGUGACGAUGGGCUGCGGUUGGCUUUCAGGCGCAUGUUUCGCCAGCUACACCCUGGUGGGCUACUCGUGCUAGAGGCACAACCAUGGAGCAGCUACAAACGACGCAAAAAACUAACCGAAACGAUAGCGGCCAAUUUUGCUAAGAUCAAAUUCCUACCGGCAAUGUUUCAGCGGUAUCUGCUGAGCGAUGAGGUUGGGUUUAGGGAGUGCACGGAGAUUCCUGUUUCGAGUCAUUCGGCAAAAGGCUUCCAACGGCCGAUACAAAUGUACCGAAAGUAGGUAGAUUUGGAGUGAAUCAUAAAACAGUGACAAAUGUACAUAUUUUUGAGACAUAAUUUGAAUUGAUAUUACAUGAAAUAUAGAAACAUAUGAAUUGAAAUCAAUGGUAAAGAUACAAACCAUA